CGGAUUGUAUUUACCGUGCACAGGAGAAUUCGUUGUUGCAAGGACUUUGAAUGUUCUGAAACAAAAAAAAAUGAUGAGCAUCAGAAAGGCGUCUGAAUGAGGUCACCAAGGAGUCACACCGGCCACCUGAACAAUGUUUCAGCUGCCUGUGAGUCGGACUGUGCUCAGGACUGUAAGUCUCGCACUCACGCAACAUGCGAGACGGAAGGGCUUCCUGAGAGUGCUGCUGGGCAGUAGGCUGGGAAGGGCAUACCUGCACGGAGGGAGACUGGCAUGGAAUGGCGGAGUAUCCCCAGUAUUCAUCCAAGCUCCACGCUUUGGGGACAGGCUGGCUAUAGUGGAUGUCAGUGGGAGGCACAGCUACCAGGAUCUCUACAGCAGCAGCUUGGGUCUGUCCAGGCGGAUUGCAGAAGUGCUGGAUUGUGGUUCUGGUGACCUACGGGGGAAGCGCAUCUCUUUUCUGUGUGCCAAUGAUGCCUCAUACGUGGUGGCGCUGUGGGCAUCCUGGAUGUGUGGUGCCAUCGCUGUACCUCUAUACAGAAAACACCCCUUGUCUGAGCUAGAGUACAUCGUUACAGACUCGCAGAGCUCUCUGCUUGUAGCGGGACAUCCUUUCUCAGAGACGCUGCGCCCCCUGGCAGAGAAGCUGGGCCUCCCCUGUGUGCAGCUUCCCCUCUCUUCCAGCCUAAACUCCCUUAAGCCUCUACAGGAGUCCAGUCCUGUCACCGGAGACUGGGCAGAAAGACCAGCCAUGAUUAUCUAUACUAGUGGCACUACUGGCAGACCCAAGGGAGUCCUAAACACUCAUCGCAACCUGCAGGCAAUGGUGCAGUGCCUGGUGUCCGAGUGGGCGUGGUCGAAGGAUGAUGUCAUUCUGCACACUCUGCCCCUGCAUCACGUCCAUGGCAUCGUCAACAAGCUGCUGUGCCCGCUGUGGGCGGGGGCCACCUGCGUCAUGCUCCCGGAAUUCCAGCCGCAGAAGGUGUGGGAGCACCUCCUGAGCUCCCAGGAUCCUCGUGUCAAUGUCUUCAUGGCCGUGCCCACCAUCUACUCCAAACUGAUCGAGUACUACGACCGCCACUUCACCCAGCAUCAUGUGCAGGACUUUGUGAGGGCAGUCUGUAAGGAAAGAAUCAGGCUCAUGGUGUCCGGGUCGGCAGCCCUGCCUCAGCCUGUGCUCGAGAGGUGGGAGCAGAUCACAGGGCACACCCUGCUGGAGAGGUACGGAAUGACAGAAAUCGGCAUGGCGCUGUCCAACCCGCUGAAGGGACCACGCAUACCUGGCUCUGUGGGUGUCCCCCUGCCUGGAGUCGAAGUGCGAAUCCUCAUGCACAACAUCUCCAGUGCCACCAUCGCUGAAGGUAACUGCAGGCUGACUCAGGUCAGGCCUGGUCUGGAAGGAAAGGAAGGAGAGCUGGUGGUCCGGGGCCCCUCUGUCUUUAAAGAGUACUGGAACCGUCCAGAGGAAACCAGGGACUCCUUCACUGCUGACGGCUGGUUCAAAACAGCUGAAAGUCUCCUGCUUCCUCUGCACACAUCUCGGAGACGUUCCCCUAUGAGUAGCCCUCGUGUUUGUUUAUAAACAGAUCCAGAUUUGCUGUGAAACCUGAUGAUGUUCCCUCCCCGUUUGCCACAGAUGAGUUCAAUGUGCCAAGGUGCUGAAACAGUGUUACAACAUAUUAGAAUGCUGUAAUUUUUGUAUUUAAGUUCCAAGUGUUUGCCAAAUACACUGCAAUUAAAUGAUUAGUCUAUUUUGGGGCUUGCUGAUGUGUGUGCUGUAUGUGUCUAGUUCUUAGCGUGCAUUGUGUGUCAAAAAGUGAGCGGUUUACUGUGUUAAUAGCCUACAGUACACAGGCUAUUCUGUGGGAAAUAGAAGUUAAAAGGCUUCUGCCAUCUCUCAGAAUAGUGGACAUUUUCCGUUCUCCCCUUCUUAAAUUGUUUUCAGUCCAGUCUUGUCACUGAGCUAAGCUGUCAGUAUUCUGAGGCAUUUUAAGUGUUCCCAGCGAAGUCCCCAUGGAAGACUGGCUUUAAAAGCAAGGUUUGGGGAGAUAUGCAGAGCUUUGGAUUGUCUGUAGCUCGACAGAGGAGAAAGGGAGGUUCGGGAAUGCAGGAUGGUGAGGUUUUAAUUGGCUUUAAGGGGUGGAAGGACAGUGUUCCAGCACACUGCAUGCUGCUGUCACACUCCAUUAGCUGCACAGGCUGGAUAAUGAGAGAGCGCAAUCAGCUCCCAGCAGACAAGUCCCGAAGCUACGGCCAGGCUGACACAGCCUUCUCGUCUCCCCCGGCACCACAGGCAACUCACUCCCACCUCUCCCUGCGUUUUUCAUUUACUUCACUUUCCAUCCUUCGGCAAUCGCCUCCUAUUACAACAUGACAACCUACUUUUCAGUUUGUGCCUCGCUUAAAAAAAACAUACAGGAGAUUUAACGUUACAGCUAAAACACUUUCCUUUUCUUCGUCGUGAAUUCUAAAUGUACAGCAUGUCACAGUUCACUGUAUCACGUAUAUUAUAAUAUUUAUAUGAUGUGGCUCAAUUUUACAUUUUUAAAGAUUUUUGUCUCUGGUUUUCAUCCCUAAAGCAUAUUUGUUGCAGACUGGUUUAGAGCUAUGGAUGUCAUCAGGUGUUUGUUUAUACAGUACACUUAAAUGUAUUUUUUGGGAAGAAAAUACACAUAACGAGAGCAUCGGCUGCAUUUUGUUUUGUUUCAGUGUUUCCAGUACUGGUAUAGACGCACAGUUAAUUCGCAUUGACAGUUCCACGACGAUAGAAUUAAAUAUGACCAGCACAACUCGGCAUUGGUCAAUACAGGUGUUAAAUGUGUGUUUGUGCUACACAAGGAGACCCACUGCUAAGAAAUCUGUAGCAGGAGAUCAAGAGAGCGGUGCACCACUAUGUUAGCCCAAGGCCCUCCUUCUCUGAUUCUCCCACUAUUAGUUUUAUUAGAUUCUGCGCCUAGUUGUGUAGGAGAUGGGGGAGGCAUGGGAAAAGCUAAUCCCAUCUCGCACUUCUUCUCCAACAAAGAAACAGUUGCGGUAACUGUCCAAACUCAGUCCCUGUUACCAAAUAUUUAACCACCUGAUUCUCAUUACCCCUUUACUUGUGAUAGGUCAGCUAGGGGUUUAGUUAUUGUUUCACAUACACUAAUUGCUCAUUUUUCAUCUUUUUCAAAUACAUACAGUACACCAUUAUGUCUCAGAAUACAUUGCAUUGUUAAAUCUAAAAUCCUUUUGGUUAUUUAGGACAAGAAUAUCAUGGUAAGAUCUUGUAAUUCCCCAAAUUAUAUAUUUUUUCUCUGUACUGUACAUUUCCCCUAAACAAAAAACCCUAAAAGCUAAUACAAUAUUUUAGAAAAUAAGACUAUAUACAUUCCAGGAGAAAAUAGAAACAUUAGUCAUGCAUGUCAAGAACCACAUACAGUGUCUGGAAGCCGUUUUAACAUCUAGAGUAAAUAAAUAGUAUAUAGCAACUGCACAAUGUGAAGAUGCAGAAUAACAGAAGUGAGCUACUUAAUUUUACUCUUUAGCAGGAGUACUACUAUGCCAAACAAGCAAAACAAGAAUGCUCCUCUAAAGAGUAAAUGGCAUAUCUUCUUGCCUACAGUGCUAGACGCACGCCCAAGAAACAAAUACAAACAGAAGCAAAAAUCAAAAUAUGUGGAGAAACUAAAAACCUAACGGAGAGGGGCUGAGCAACAGGAGUUUCAGUGGUGAGUUGCCAUACCACCACCACCACCACCCUGGUCACGUGAUGUCCAGCCGUGAUACUCCUGUAGUUUAAAUCCACUUGCACACUUCAAGAUACUGUACGACUGCUCUACCUAGUUUUGCCGCACCUAAAAAAUGUGUGCGACUACGUUUGUUUCUGCAAUCCCUCUCCUGGUCUGUCUUGACAUUUUUUUAUGAAGAACGUCUGACUGUUUAAUGGGGGCUCGAUUAUUGAUGCUUGAUCCUAUUUUAUGGGUUCUUAGGUGGCACAGUCUUGGAGGGGAGCGGGUGUUGUGCGAGGCAUAUCUUUUACUACAAAUUACAUUACAAUACAAGAAGGUGCUCAUGGGGGGGAAAAAAAAAUAUUUGAGUGUUUGUAUGGGUGACUAAAACACGCUUUUGAGUUCUGAAGGCAUGGCGUGGGCAGCACAGCUGGAAGGAUGAGCAACACAGGGACUCAUUGUAAGCUUUUCUCCCGUGUCCCAGCUCCCUGGGGGCUGUGGGAGCCAGGAGACUUUGGGCACUUGCCCGACGAUCAAUAUCAGCUUCAUUUGCAAAUGUCUGUGGUUUUAAUUACGUAAGUGAUGCUACUUGGUGUCAGUGGCACUUCUAUAGAUAAUCUGUCGCUGGGCCUGGCUGCACACUCCUUUCAUCUCCACACUCAUUUGUUAGCAUUGAUUUUUCUUUUUUUCCU